UGUUGGCCAAGCUGGUCUGGAACUGCUGACCUCAGGUUAUCCGCUCGCCUCUGCCUCCCAAAGUGCUGGGAUUACAGGUGUGAGCCACUGCGCCUGGCCAGAACAUUUUUUUAAAAUCAUAAUUCAGAUAAUUUACACUCCUACUUAAAAUCCUUAAGUGGCCUCAUGUUGCAUUUAGAAUUCGAAUCUUUGCUGUGGCUCAAGAGGUCGUAUGAGCUGACCUCACUCUACCAUGCCCCCUCUGGCUCAAUGCUCUGUGGUCAUUCUGGCCUUGCAGUUCUGCAAAGCCAGGAUCUCCUGCCUCAGGGCCUUUGCACUUGCAGUAACUUCUGCCUGGAUUGGUUUCCCUUCAGAUCGUGAAAUGGCUGGCUCACUCUCCUCAUGGACUUUUCAGCUCACUUGUCACCUCUCAGAGAGCCUUUUCUCACCACCCUCUUGAAAGUUGUCCCCUGUGCCUAUCACUAUCACAGCAUUGAUCACUGUCCAAAACUACAUAUUAUUACUCUUUCAUUAUCAGUCCCUCCAACUAAAAGCAGACAUAGUAUAAACAACGAUUCUGUCUAUGUUGUAUCCCUAGUACCUCUGCACAGAGUAGAUGCUCAGUAAAUAAUUGUUGAGGCGGGGCAUGGUGGCUCACACCUUUAAUCCCAGCACUUUGGGAGGCUGAGGGGGGUGGAUCAACUGAGGUCAGGAGUUUGAGAGCAGCCUGGCCAACAUGGUGAAACCCCAUCUCUACUAAAAAUAAAAAAAAUUAGCCAGGCAUGGUGGUGCGCGCCUGUAAUCCCAGCUACUCAGGAGGCUGAGGCAGGAGAAUGGCUGGAACCCAGGAGAUGGAGGUUGCAGUGAGCCGAGAUUGUGCCACUGCAUUACAGCCUGGACGACAGAGUAAGACUCCAUCUCAAAAAAUAAAUUUAAAAAACUGUUGAAUGUAUUAACUUCUUUAUGUCUCAUUCUAGGGUGCAUGUGGGUUUCAUAUGAAGACAUAAAGCAUUCUAAAUAUUAUGUCACUGUUAGGUAACAUGUUAUGUUAUGUUAUGUUAUGUUAUAGGCCCUUCCUCUCAGCGGGUUUCUAGAACUGGGUUCUCUCUUUCCUUAGUACUGAGAAAAGUGAUAGACUUAAUGGAGAAAGGGUGGGGGCUACAAAUGAAGCUCAAGAGACUGGCAUUGUCCCUCUCCCACACCCCACAGUCAGGGACCACUGGGGGUGGAAGGGGCAGGGAUGGGAUCCUUCAGAACACACGCUCACUGAUUCUUUCGCUCAGUCCUUCACCUGUCUCAGGCCCACAUCAGUUCUCUGCCUAUCCUAUACGUACUUACCUGUUGUGUGCCCAGAACUACCCCUUAGCUAGCUUCCCUACCUGCACAUCAUUUGAGGGUUACCUAAUCCCCAAGCCUGCCCAAGGAGUCAGACACAGUCUCCUCUCCUCCUUCCUUUGUUGCCCCAAAGACAAGGUCCCAGCCCUCUUAUGUUAGGAUUGGGUUGCUAAUCACCGCAGCAGAAUAGUAAUGAAAAUUUCUUGGAGCUGUGGUUCCUGACUCCUGCUGAGAGAAACCAUUGUAAGGAACAGGAUCCCAGUGGCUUAGAAUGAGCCACAGGUGGGGUUUGGAGUGCCUUUUCCUUUCCCGUAAAAACAAAGACAAGCCAAGAGGCACCCUCAACUCCUUUACAAUGCUUUUUCUACACAUCAUUGGUGCCUGCGGACCCUAAGGGCUUCUCAUUCUGUGCGCUUCUGCUGUGUCUUGGAGCAAUGUCUCCGGGCUCCUGUUUACAGGGUUUCCCCAUGGCUAGGCAGAAGGUACUGGGGUUAGUGCUUCUACAUCAGGGUCGCCACAAAUCCUGCUAGGGACAGUUGAAGGGGCCUAGAAGGACUGCAAGGGUGUUGCUCUUGGUAUAUAUUCUGCCGCCCUAUCUUCUGCAGUCAACGGCUAAACUCCUCCAGCUUCCAUAAGCAAGGGAUGACAAGGGAGUGUCUGGAUUGCCUGGGGUUCAGGCCUCCGGGUUUAAACAACUUUCAAGUAAUCUGGUAAACUUGGGUGCCCCCCUGUGGUUCUGAGUGGAAUGUGUCCAUUUUGUCUUCAGGGAAGGCGAUCAGGGUAGCAGGGGACAUCCUCUGUCACCUUGCUACUCAGUGUGGUUUGGCCCACCCACCACCGGCAGCAUCUCAGGGCUCAUUCCAGACCUACUUUAUUGGAGUCUACUUUGAACAAGAUCUACAUGUUACAGUUUGGAAGGCACUGCUCUGGCAGCCCCUAAGAUGGCCAUAAAGCCCUCCUCUUCUCACUCCCUGCACCAAAGACCAUGCAGCUCCCAGGCAGAGUUGACUCUCCUUAGGGACUAAAGAGGAAGAUUAGGUCACAUCCCAUUUCCAUACCCCUAACCACUUGCCAAGGUGUGCUUUUCCCAAAACAGUAUGCUUGGUUCUCCCUUGAGCUUUGGAUCAACCUCUUCAAACCCAGGCAUCACGGCUGAGGGCAGUGAGUUUGAAGUGACUCAUCCUUGUCCUCACAGAGCUCAUGACAUUCAUUUUUUUCAAGCUUAUUUGGUCCAGUCCAUGGCAUGUACAGCAGAAGGCCUAAGCUGUGCACGGUGCUGCUCGCUCCUUGCCAGGGUAACUGAACCCCUGUUGUAGAGGAAAUGGGCCUGUUUAUAUAAGCACCUGUUAUGGGAUUAACCCCAAGAGUGUUGGUCUGAGUCUCAGUUUUUUCCAACCCUUCUGCACCGUGCCUCCAUACAGAUUGCUUCUCUAAACCAUCUGGCUUUAAGUUAAACUUCUCUGAGCAGCUGGGAUUUCCCUACAGCAAUGGAUCUUUUUGCAUGGAUCUGGAUUCCAUUUAGGGGCCCUGCAAAAUGUUGAAUUAAAGAUCAGGAGCCCUCGUCUCUACUUCUUCCUCUGCCCCCAACUACCUCUGUGACCUCAGGCAAGUUGCAAAUUAGUGUGUUCAUACCUGCCCUGCCUUUGUCAAAGGAUGGCGUGGCUGAUGAAAAGUGUGUGCCUAGAAGCUUUGCGAGCUACGAAGCACCUUCGGUAACUAUGAAGCAUUUUCAAAAUGUAUAUGAAAGUGAUUGCUAUUGAAACUUAAGAUAAUUUGCAGAUGAAACCUAAGCAUCUUUCUAAUGCUCAGGAAUGCUUGCAAGAAGGCAAAAAUCCAACAGUUGAGAUGUACUUGGGGAGUCAGUCCCUUCUCCAGAGGGGAUGAUCAUCUUUCUAGAAUCUUUACAGGGUUGGUGUGAGUGUGUGUUGUUGGCAGACAGGGAGUGCUCGCAUGUAGUUAAACGGUUGCCUCUCUCUCUCUCUCUCUCUCUCUCUCUCUCUCUCUCUCUCUCUCUCUCUCUGUGUGUGUGUGUGUAUGUGAAACUGGUAUCUGGUUAGGCCCACAUGAGCUGUCUUAUGUGUCUCUCUGUGUAAUGCCGUGUGUGUCAUUCAGCUGUUAAGCGUUGAGAGACCUGGGUUCUGGUUUGGUGGCCUUGAAUAAAUCCCUCAGACUUUCCAAGCCUGUUUCCUUAUUUGUAACUUAGUGGUUUGUCCCUUCCAACUUGCGUACAGCUUGUUGGGGGGCCCUUCGCUACUGAUUUCACUGUCUAGUUUGGUUUCUGGGUCUCUGUUCCAGUGGGCCAGCCACUCUUUGCUGGCGCCUCCCUGUGCCAACUUCUGUACCUGAAUUGUUGCUCACUGAAGAGCUGGCAUUUAGCUUUUUGGAAAUUUUCUCUAACUCACUGGAAAUGCAGGAAGCUUGAGUAUAAAACUCACUCAGAAAAAAAAAAAAAAAAGAAAAAAAAGAACACACACUCAGAAGAAACCGCAGGGCCUAUCAGCCUGUCGUCAUCGAGCAGACUAGAAUAGUGUAGAAAACCCUAGGCAGAGAGGAAAUGAACUUCAGAGAAGGGAAACACACGGCUGAGAAGAGAGAGGCAAGGGCAGGAGUGAAGGAGAGAGCUGAAGCCUGGGUCUCCGAGAUGGUCAGAGGAUGGGAGACGGGGCAGUGAAACAAGGCUUCUUGUAUCUUCAGCAGCAGCAGACGUUUGGAAAGAAAUGGCGCCGCUUCGGCGCCUCACUGUAUGGAGGGUCGGACUGCGCCUUGGCCCGGCUGGAGCUGCAGGAGGGCCCGGAGAAGCCUCGUCGGUGUGAGGCUGCCCGGAAGGUCAUCCGCCUCAGUGACUGCCUGCGGGUGGCCGAGGCCGGCGGAGAGGCCAGCAGCCCCCGGGACACCAGUGCCUUCUUCCUGGAGACCAAGGAGCGCCUGUACCUCCUGGCGGCCCCUGCAGCGGAGCGCGGCGACUGGGUGCAGGCCAUCUGCCUCCUGGCCUUCCCCGGGCAGAGGAAGGAGCUCUCGGGGCCAGAGGGAAAGCAGAGCCGGCCCUGCAUGGAGGAAAAUGAAUUGUACAGCAGCGCAGUCACAGUCGGCCCCCACAAGGAAUUUGCUGUGACCAUGAGACCUACAGAAGCCAGUGAGAGGUGCCACCUGCGGGGGUCCUAUACCCUCCGGGCUGGGGAGAGUGCCCUUGAGCUGUGGGGUGGGCCCGAGCCAGGGACCCAGCUGUACGACUGGCCCUACAGGUUUCUGCGGCGCUUUGGGCGGGACAAGGUAACCUUUUCCUUUGAGGCAGGCCGUCGCUGUGUCUCUGGAGAGGGCAACUUUGAGUUCGAAACCCGGCAAGGCAAUGAGAUCUUCUUGGCCCUGGAAGAGGCCAUCUCUGCCCAGAAGAAUGCUGCACCCGCUACACCCCAACCCCAGCCGGCCACAAUCCCCGCCUCGCUGCCCCGGCCUGAGAGCCCCUACUCUCGGCCGCAUGACUCACUGCCGCCGCCUUCACCCACCACACCGGUGCCUGCUCCACGGCCUCGGGGCCAGGAGGGGGAGUAUGCCGUGCCCUUCGAUGCGGUGGCCCGUUCCUUGGGGAAGAACUUCAGGGGCAUCUUGGCAGUCCCUCCUCAGCUCCUGGCCGACCCUCUGUAUGACAGCAUUGAGGAGACCCUGCCCUCUCGACCUGACCACAUAUACGAUGAGCCCGAGGGAGUGGCUGCCCUGUCCCUCUAUGACAGCCCGCAGGAGCCCCGGGGUGAGGCAUGGAGGAGGCAGGCGACAGCUGACAGGGACCCUGCUGGCCUCCAGCAUGUCCACCCAGCCGGGCAGGAUUUCUCUGCUUCUGGCUGGCAGCCAGGAACCGAGUAUGACAAUGUUGUACUUAAGAAAGGCCCAAAGUGACAGAGGCAGCGGAGGGAUGGUCCACCGCCCCCUGGCUUCUGCUGGUGACUCCUCCUGACCACUGCAUCAGAAGAACCUCCUCUGCCCCUUCUGGAGCCCGAGGUCUGGCCUGUCUUCAUUGGGGCUGAUAAAUUGCCUCUCCCAGGGCCUGCUGGGUGAGUCACCAUCCCAAAGCAGGAAGGGUGCCCUGGAGAGAACCACCCUCCUCCUACUCUUUUUCCACUUCCUCCUCUUUCUUUCCCCAGCUGAGGAGGAACCUGGGGCAUUUAGGGCAGAGGACAAAAGGAUGUCAGCAAUUGCUUGGGCUGCUUGGCUAUGCAAGCCUCCUGCCUGCUGAUGGCCACUUCAGGGACAGCCUGGGCCCAGGCACCCAGGGGGAUGGCGGCAGCUUCCUGCACCUUUCAGAUUUCUUGGUGGCAUUAAAGCAUUUUCAGAACA